CUCCCGUCUCCAUCAAUUCCUUGUUUGGUGGCGUUACUGCUAAUCUAAUCUUUACUUGUGAUGGAGGCAAGCAGCCGAACCAAGCUUCGAUUCCUCCCCAAAAGGCCAAACAAAGCACAAAUUUCACAGGUGCCCGAGACUCCAUGGCCGAUGUUGCGCCGCGAAAUGGCGUCGAACCCCACGCCGCCGUGCUGGUCGCUAUUGCUGGCUCCGGCGGAAGGUCGGCCGCGGGAGGGCGGGAUGGGGAUGCAGAGACCCUUCCGGAUGCAGAGAAGGGCGCCUGCGUGGUCGUCGACGUAGGAUGCGGUGGCCAAGGGACCGACGUAGGCGGUAGCGACCGGGAGGACGAGAAGGUGUGCAGGAUCUGCCAUUUGAGCCCCGCCGGCGGAGAAGAGGGAUCCGGGCUAAUCCAGCUCGGUUGCGGGUGUAAGGGUGAGCUCGGCGUCGCGCAUCGCCACUGCGCCGAGGAGUGGUUUAGGCUGAAGGGCAACCGGUAUUGUGAAAUAUGCGGCGUGAAUGCAAAGAACAUCGCCGGUGAGGAAGGCAGCAGGUCGAUGGAGGAAAGGCAUGUCAGGAGAGAGCCGAGCAUUCCGCACUCGCACUCCUUGGAGAGUGAUGAGAGGGGUGGCUGUUGGAGACGUCAAUCUUACUGUAAUUUCCUCAUGGCGUGCUUCAUAAUAGCCUCCAUAUUUCUGUGGUUCUUCCGGGUAAGUAUGUUCUAAGAUCGCUUCCUUCUGCCAAACGGAGUAUGUUGUCGUGCUUCUCUUAUCAGCCAACAUUUCUCUGUCACAUUGUAUUUCAAUUCAGAAUCUACAUGUGAUGUGGGGAUGUAAAGUUCCAACAUCAUUCCUAUUCGAGAUAAAACUCCGUUGUCUGUUUA